GUGACUAACUACUUUGGAAUUGAAUGGAUGAGAAGGCACCUUGCACCCAAGGGAUACAGAGUGCAUACUGUAUCUUUUGAAGAUUCUAAUCCCCUGCAUAUCGAUGCUACAUUCAACGUGAUUGGACCUGGUCUUGUCCUAUCUAACCCCGACCGUCCCUGCCGUCAAAUAGAUAUGUUUCACAAAGCAGGAUGGCAAGUGGUUGAACCACCAACACCAUUGAUUCCUGAUGAUCAUCCUUUAUGGAUGACAUCUAAAUGGUUAUCAAUGAAUGUUCUUAUGUUGGAUCCCAAGAGGGUUGUCGUUUCAAAGCAUGAAUACACCACACAAAAGGUAGGCCAAAACAAAGACUGCAGAUACAUGUUACUGGCAGUGGUGUGCCUAACUUCUGUGACCUUAGUUCGAUUGAUAUUAGCACAGAAUAGGAAGUUAUACCAGAAGCGUAACUCUAGUCGUUUCCCUUAUUGUUUGACGUCCACGAAAAUUUUAACUCGCUCACGUCAGGCCACGCCAUCCUGGCUAGUACAGCCGGAAGUUUUUAUCAGGAUUUGGUAAGUACAAAGUGCCGGUUGUACUAGCCAGGAUGGCGUGAUUGAUGACGAAUCGCUGGUAAAAACGCGGACAAAUAUUUGCUCGAGUUACGCUUCUGGUAUAACUUCCUAUUCUGUGAUAUUAGGGAGCUUUAGAUUUGACUACGAGUACGACUACGAGUACGAGAUUCGUCAAGCUAAACGCAUGCUGUAUGCUUACGCCAUCCCGUACUGACGCGAAAAAGUCGUAGCCGUCGCCCAUCUGAGUACGAAAUUGUGGAGAAAUCUCGUAGUCAUCACGACGACUUUAAAAAAAAAACAGAGGAAGUUGGCUUUUUUUUGUUUUCCAAAAAUAAUUUGUAGCAUUUAUAUAGCGUUUAUCCGGCGCAAAUAAUAUAUUAGUACUAAAUAUCUGGCCUGUUUUUAAUGUUAUGACUUAUUUACACGUUUUGUAGGGGAUUUUAGUCUGCAGGAGAUUUAGUUUAUUAAACUUUUUCUCUCGUCAGUUGGUUUACUGUUAUAAAAGCAACAUAUGAAUCGAAACGAAAACGACUACGGUAAUUUCCUCGCACGCGAUCAAAUCUCGUACUCGUAGUCGUACUCGUAGUCAAAUCUAAAGCUCCCUAUUGCAGCUGCGAUGGUGAAAUCCCAAACUCCUUGUAAUACUCGGGUGUUGACUACAGUAAAAAAUUCGACGUUAUAUGCCUUUUCCCCAAUCUACAAAACUCUUCUGCAACCUGUUCAUGUGAGGGUAGCUACCUUCAACCGGGCUGAAACUCAUCCCGGGCUGAAAUUUCUGUCAUGCCAAUCGCUUGCUGUGUUUUAAUAGAAUUUUAUCCUAUAGGCCGGGCUGAAAUUUCAGCCCGGGAAACCGGGAUGAAACUCAGCCCGGGCUGAAAACUCUCCAUGUAAUCAGCCCCUAAGACCAAACUAAUCAAAUGAACUUUAUUUCAUAUCUCAUCUUAUUUUAGAUGUUUGAAGAUCUUGGCAUCGAGUGUAUCCCUGUGGAUAUUACGUAUGCCAUGUCGCUGGGCGGAGGAUUUCAUUGUUGGACCACUGACGUGAGAAGACGUGGAACAUUAGAAACAUAUUUUAAUAUUUGA